AGGGCCAAGGCCAAGACGCGCUCCUCCCGCGCCGGGCUGCAGUUCCCCGUCGGCCGCGUGCACCGGCUGCUGCGCAAGGGUAACUACGCGGAGCGCGUCGGCGCCGGCGCCCCGGUCUACCUGGCCGCGGUGCUGGAGUACCUGACGGCCGAGAUCCUGGAGCUGGCGGGCAACGCGGCCCGCGACAACAAGAAGACGCGCAUCAUCCCGC